AGAGAGGACAACUGAGGACGGCGCACUCCUGCACCCGGAAGCCGCCUCUUAUCCCCAGCCCAGUCCUGUGUGUGCCGGCUGUAUAUCAGGUGUUUGAGCAUGGCAGCUGUGAUAAAUACUGAGUUGGAUCCAGUUUUUCUAAAGGCACUUGGCUACCUCCACUCUAAAAGCAAAGAUUCUGCUGACAAACUGAAGGCUCUCCUGGAUGAGUCUCUGUGCAGAGGUCUUGACUCUGGAUAUCGGCCUCCACAGAAGGACCUGGACCAGCUUAAAGUGACACUGCCCAAACCUAAGUCAGAUGUCAAGGUCAGCAUCAGUGCUCCUGCAAGCACCAUCCUGAGCAAGCCACUGCAAAUCGAGAAGGUGAAAAAGGAAACCGAGAAGAGAACAUCUGAUAAGAUGAAGGUGGAUAUCAGUGACCCUGUGGAAUUACCAAAGAAACCUCGCUUGGAGAAGCCAGAGGCUCGCUCCUCUCCAAUCACAGUGCAGAGCAGCAAGGACUUACCCGUUCCGGAUCUCUCCAGCUUUGAUGAAACCAAUGCUGAUGACUUUGCCAUGGAAAUGGGCCUGGCCUGCGUAGUUUGUCGACAGAUGACUGUUUUCGCGGGUAACCAGCUGGUGGAAUGCCAGGAAUGCCACAAUCUCUACCAUCAGGAUUGCCACAAACCACAAGUCACAGAUAAGGAUGUGAACGAUCCCCGCCUGGUGUGGUACUGUGCGCGCUGUACUAGGCAGAUGAAGAGAAUGGCACAAAAAAAUCUGAAGCCCUCGCAGAAACCAGCCCCCUCAGUUGCAUCGAUAGUAAUGCCAGUCGUAAAGGAUCCAUCCAUCAUCAAACCGGAGCAGAAACCCAAAGCAGAUUCUGCAAACACAUUCUUAGCUUUCAAAAGGACCGAAGUUAAGGUAUCAGCUGCAGCUUCUGGCAAUUCCUCCAAUUCUGGAGCAUCAUCCUCUGCUGCGAGUGGACUUACAGGAUGGGCUGCAUUUGGUGCAAAGACUGCUACUGCUGCACCUGUAACUUCUAAGAUGGGUAGUGCAGCACAAGCUGGCAGUGCAAAGCCUCCAGCACUGUCUGCUGCAAGUCAGAAACCUCUGGGCUCAAGUACCCUGGCACCCAUUAAAAGUGGAUCUAUAUCUAAAUUAGGAUCUGGGAGUAGCAGUUCAAGCUCCAUUUCACUAAAGCCCCUUCCACCACUCACAUUAGGAAAGACAAGUCUCAGCCGUUCGAUGAGCAGUGAUAAUGUAAGCAAAACAGGCUUGCCUAGCCCAAGCAUGGGCUCCUCUGGGAGCAGUAUGGGCAGCGGUAAUGGAGGAGGCAGUUCUUCAGGAAGCAGCGGGAGCUCUGGUAGUAAAACCCCUGUAGAACCCAGCACACAGCAAUCUGGAACCAAAGGUCCGACAUCUCAAGAAUCCCAGUUAAACGCUAUGAAACGUCUCCAAAUGGUGAAAAAGAAAGCUGCACAAAAAAAGCUGAAGAAAUGACUGUGUGAAAAGUAGACUUUGAAAUAAAUGUGUUUAACGUCCUAUGGUGGGGUGUGAGAAUAAGUGUUACUAAGAUGGUUCAAUGUACUCUAUAAUGGAGGUUAUGUGGGCUCUGAGGUUAUAUUUUCCUGCACAACUUAAUUACAGCUUUGUACAGAUGCUUAUCCACUGAUAUUAAGAAGAUGCCAGGUACCUCACAUUUGGGUAUGGGGUGUGAAUGGAGUACACUGUUGUAGGCAAAACCCCUAUAUGAGUGCAUAGAGCAGGCAGAGUCCAGUUGCUGCGCCACCUCCACUCCAGAUAAUAAAAGGAAGUGGGCAUAGGAUCAUUGAGGACAAUAGCUUCCCUGGUCGUACCCAUUUACAUGCUUUUACAAGCAUUAAAGUGCUAUUCAGUAUUAUACUUUUAUGCUAGUUGGUAACUGGUCUUAGGUUAUUAGAAAGUAACUACUCUUACCUAAGUUGUUGUCAUAUUCUUUUCAAAUGUUUAUUCCACAAACUAAAUAUUUCCGUGUUCUCCAGUGACUCCCUAUUUCAUACAGAAUACUGUAUUUUCUAACAAAGCAAGUUUAUAUGCAUUUUCUAUAGCCUGCACCUGAUGCGAAAAAGUUCAGGGGAAAGUACAUGUUUUAUUUAUGUUGAUUUGCAGGAUUUAUUUGGAUAAGCAUGAGAAAAAACACCCUUGUGUGACCCCUGUUCAUUCAUAAUAUAUUUACAGCUAGGAUUCCAUUAACACUUAUUAAACCGUUAAAGUUCUGGAAUGGUAAAAGAAUUAUCUGAAAUCAUUAUCACAUAGUUGCACUCUAUGGGGCAUAUUCAAUCACAGACAGUAUUUAGUAGCAGGCCGUUUCCCCUCCCAUUCUGACCAUUCAUUUCCACCCUCUCUUAUGGGUGAAAAUGAAUGGUUGCAAACGGCCCGUUUUCUACAGAGGCGGGGUCAAAAACACAUGGAUGAGCAGAGAUUCCGCUCACCCAUGUGUUUUUCAACUUGUCGGAAUUUCCGACAGGGCGGAAGAAUGGCACUUCAAUUGAAUAUUGAAGUAUCGGAAAGUUCCAAUUAUCGGUGGAAAGUGCCAUCUUUCUGCCCUGUCGGAACUUCCGACCGUAAUUGAAUACUCCCCAAUAUAGUGUUGUGCUUAGUAAUAUAAGGCUUAGGGUCCUAUGUAUUACUAAUUGGGGCACUGCCACAAUUAUUAACAGUCUCUCUAUUGCAAUAGAUAUUUCCUUUUUGAAUAAAAAUAUACCGCUAUGUACUAACUGUAACUUUGAAGGACAAUGUAGCAAUAAUUACUGUCCCUACAAGUUACUUCCCCGCAACAUUGGAGAAGUCUCACAUUUGUGAAAAUCUGACACUGCAUCAGGGUGGUCAUUCCGAGUUGAUCACAGCCAGCAAAUUUUUGCUGCUGCUGCUGCGAUCAACUAGUCCACGCCCAUGGGGGGAGUGUAUUUUAGCUUAACAGGGCUGCGAUCGCUUGUGCAGCUCUGCUAAGCAAAAAAAAAUUCAAGCAAAAGAAGACUAGGCCUAUCCUGUGCGACGAUCCCUGCGAUGCUGGAGCUGGCUUUGACGUCAGACAUCCGCCCUCCGUUCUCCUAGACACGCCUGCGUUUUCCUUACUACUCCCCGAAAACGGCAGCCAACGCCUUCUUCCUGUCAACCUUCUUUGCGUUCUGCUCUGCAACCGCUUCCUUUGUUAGACGCGACGUAACCUGGCGACCCCUGUCACCGGGCAAUGGCGCGCACGCGCACUGUGGCCCGCCGCGCAUGUGCAUUCCGGACCCGUUUGCACCGCAGCGGUAAACCGCUGCGUGCGAACGGGUCGGAAUGACCCCCCCAGGUGUAGGAGAGAGAGCCACUCCUGUGAGUUUGCUUUCACAGACUCUAAGUGGUUUAUGCCAUAUGACAGUGUUGUAAACCAACAGGGCCAAAUGGUACAGAGGGGUAAGACUGUCAUCCUCAUUGAUAAUAGUGGGGACUGAGGUCUCUUCUGUGAAAUCUCAUGCAUUAGGCCGUUAGUGCAUAUUGGGAAUACAUACAAAAUUAUUCAGAAACUGCUGGUUCUGCAUAUUUCUAUGAAAAAUGUACUUGAUAAAUAUACUCCUUACAUGUGCAGUGCAUACUUCUUACAUUUUCAUUUGUGUUCUUGGCAGUAAUGCAAUAGGAGAAACCUUUCGGAAUGAAAAUGUAGGGUUGUAAUAUUAGGAACACAGAUGUGUCCUUUUUUAUCUAGUCCCAGGCAUGGUUGCUGUAUUAUUUUAUGGCAUCUGUCUUAUUAGCAUUCAUUCUCCAUUUUUUCAGACUUCUCACAGCAUGUGAUAUUAACCUUACAUGGUAACCGUGUGAAACCAAAAGGAAAAUAAAACUUCUGUUUGCUUAGUUUUGUUUAAAAUGCAUCUAUUACAUAGACACAGCGGAAACAGCAGUUUUGCAACUCUCCAUAAGGACGUGCCUACAUCCCUGGUUCCCAAUCCAUCUGCUGGCUGAAGUUUCAUGCAUAUAUACACCAUGUAGGUGACAAGGGGAUGCCGUCACUGUGUUGGCAAUUAUAAUGUUUAUUUUGGAGCAUGCUGACAUCGGCGUAAUCCUGACCGUGUUACGACUUUGAGAGUGGAGUGCUAGGGUUAGGCACUAGAGGGAGGAUUACGGGUUAAUGAUAUUCGCUGCAGUAAUAGUCACUGUCAGCUGACCACUGGCCCGGAAUGACACUGCUGGACCACCAGGAAUGUUUUGUUGACAUGAUACACGUCAACAAAAUAUACUGAACCCGUAGACAGGUGCCCA